UGUCCUGUUCAGUUUAGUUUAACACAGGAAAUGAAGACAGUCGUCUAAAGAGAGCAGCAGCAGAGAGACACAGAGCUGCUGUUGAGGUUAAAUCUCAGACAUGACGGCCAUCAAAAACCUGAAAGGAGUUCUGCUGCUCACCUGUCUGCUUUUAACAGGUGUGAGGUGCAAAAAGGAUGCAGAGUUCAUGUACAGCAGACUUGGACAUAGCACCAUCCUGCCGUGCACCAAACUGGUUUCCUCAGACUGCUCCCUCAUCUUCUGGACCUUCUACAAAGGCGGUCAGGUGUUGUACAAUCUGGUCAACGAGGGGCAGGUGAAUGCAGAUUCAGACAAAGCCAGCCGCAUGUCCAUCACAUCCAACUGCUUCCUCAGCAUCAGUGACCUCAGGGUCGAGGACGCCGGCUCCUACGUCUGCCUGAAGCAAGGAGACGCCAUCACUGACGUUUACCUCUCUCUCCUCACCAUCACUUCACUCUCCACCAUCACCAACCUGCAGCCCGGAGGAAACCUCACCUUGAACUGCGUCCUGUUCACUUUCUAUGAUGCUGGCAGCUGCAAAUACAGCAGUGGGUUCAACCUGAACUGGGCGAAUGAGGAUGGCACAAUGCUGCUCAAAGACAGCAGGUACGAGCUGAUAGGCCACACUCGCUGCAACAUCACUCUGAUCACACACCUCCAGUCGGACGACAACAACAGGAAGUGGAGGUGUCAGGUGACCACCCAGGAAAACAACAGGGCUGCGUUUCUGGACUUCACAUCUACCUUUUUGUUUGAAAAUCAUCCCACUGACCAGAGUGUGAUUCCUUCAGCUGCCACUGAUUGUCCCGUCCACCUGCCCAUCAGCCGCAUAGCGCUCUGUGUGGCUCUGCCAGUCAUGGUAAUCAUAGUGGGAUUCUUCACACGGAGAGGAAACCAGAGGAGGGCGAAAGCAUCUGCAGCUGACAUCCAGCUCCAGGAAAUGAACUGUUGACCACUUCAUCUGUUCUUGUGUUAUUUCUGAAUUCAACCAGGGUUUCUUUACUUUCUGAAAUGAGCCAUACAGGAGAAACAAACUCCUGCACGUUGUCUUUUCUUUAUUUAUUUCUUUAUCUGAGCAAGAUUUUAUCUUUCUAAUAAAGCUUGAAGUGACAGUUUGCAAAUGUAUAUCAAUAAUAAUUCAGUCAGUUCAGUCACAACAGAACAAAAAGAAAAAAAACGUGUCAGUGACAAUGUGUCAUCAGACAGCACCUAACCUGUCUUGAGUUAGUUGAGCGGUACACCUGCUGUGAAUGGAUGCCUGUUGCUGAGCACCUGUUUUCUUUUUGCGUCUCAACUCAACAGUAACGUUUGAACUACGUGUGGCCUGUUUUGUUCCUGUGUGAUAAAACAGUGGCUGUACAACCGGGCUUGAUGAGGUUGAUGUUAAUGUUGUGUUAGUAAUAAACGACGAGUAUUGUGGAAACCCCA